AUGACUAUUAUAUUUUUAAUUUGUUUGGAUGCAUCAACACAAUCUACAACCAACAAUAGUAUUAAUAAUAAUAAUAAUAAUAAUAAUAAUAAUAAUAAUAAUAAUAAUAAUAAUAAUAAUAAUAAUAAUAAUAAUAAUAAUAAUAAUAAUAAUAAUAAUAAUAAUAAUAAUAACAACUCUAAAGUUUUUGAUUUUAAUAUCUUUUAA